AUGACUCAGUCGGCCUUGCUAAACAGUCACCCUCUACAGACUAAGGCGCUUAACAGUCUCUCAUCCGAGCCGUCUCUGAACACUGGUGAUGCUCUCCAACUGCGUAACCAUCUGACAGUCGGUGCGCCUGUGAAGCGUGUACCUCAAGCUUCUAAUGCAGUAGUUACCAAGGCUACUAAAAGUCAAAUCAUUCAAGACUUUACAAACUUCACCAUGGCUAAAACAACCACCGAGGAACCAAAUGCGAUACGCAGAAAGGUAAGUGUCUUUACAAUUACAUGA